AUGAAUAUUUUUAGAAAUCUUGGCGUUGGAAAAAAUUUGCUUGAACAAAAAGUUCUUUCUGAAUUCUCAUCUAUGUGUGAAAAUAUAGAUAAAGCUAUUGGAGAGUGCCCUACUGGAGAAGAUAUGGAAAUUAUUUCUCAUUUGGAUCUCUGUGUAGGCUCUAUCAUUAAUUCUUUGCUUUUUGGUUAUCAAUUUCAUGGAGAAAAGACAGAGGAAUUUGUUGAAUUGAAGAAAAUACUGAACGAAUAUAUGUAUACAAUCGGCCAACCAUCAACACAAUUUUUAAUGUCUUGGUGGCCCCAUUUAAUCAGACAUUUACCUUAUUUUAAAGAGAUAUUUCUUGAAGUACAACGCAAAAUAAUGAGAACUUAUGCUUUUUUCAAAAAACAAAUAGAAGAACAUGAAAAUGAUGGAGAAUAUUUGGGUGAUGAACGUUUAGAUUUUGUUAGUGCUUUUAUGCGUGAAGUUAAAUUGAAGGACGGAAAAGAGGAUUAUGACAUGGAAACACUUUAUGCCCAUUUACUAGAUUUCUGGAUUGCUGGACAAGAAACAACAACAGACACUUUAAAUUGGGGAAUAAUUCAUAUAAUUCAUAAUAUGAAUGUUCAAGAUAGAUUACAUAAAGAAUUGGAUUCAGAAAUAAUGCGUAUAGCCAACGUUCUUCCACAAAAUUUGGCACGUCGUACAGUUCAAGAUAUAAAUGUUAGAGGCCAUUUAUUACGUAAAGGAACAUCUAUACAACCUUUAAUUUCGUGUGUUUUAUAUGAUGAAAAUAUUUUCCCAAAUUCUCGUCAAUUUCUUCCCGAACGUUUUCUCAGUGAAAAUGGAACACUUAAACGUUUUGAUGAAUUUAUUCCCUUUUCGAUUGGUAAAAGAUUUUGUGCUGGAGAGUCUUUGGCAAGAACUGAACUUUUUCUUAUCUUUGUUAAUCUUUUUAACCAAUAUGAGAUUAGCCCACCAAAAUAUUCAGAGAUGCCCUCCAAACAACAAAAUUUUGGAUUAAGUGUAGUACCAUUACCCUAUAAAUGCCAAAUUAGAAAAAGAUUUGAUUCUCAAAUACAUAGAAUGAUUUAA